GCCACUGCCUCUGCACCCCCUCUGCUCCCAACUGGGAACAGUGUCUUUGGCAGCAUCACCAGUCCUGCUCACACCUAGGUCUUUCUGCUUCUUUUUUAUUUGUCUGUGGCAAGUUGGAGCUGGCUGCUCCUGUUCCCCUCAGUACUUCUGGUGCUGUCCUCAGCUGCUGGGCUUGAAGAAGCAAACCUGGCCUUGGUACACAGGGGACACGUGUGCAAGUGGCUCCUUGUGCCCUGGUGGCCCCAGGCUGUGCAACAGUGCUGUGCCCCGGUAGGGUGGGAGAUCCUCCAGCCAGAAAUAGUGGGCUGGCAUGAGGUUGAGCAUAAUUGUAGGACCUCACUGUGAUGGCCCUGCUCCUGCACCACCACCAGCACCUGUGUGGGUUCUGUGCCCUGCAGAGCCUGCAGCUCUGCUCCCAGCACAGCCACAGGGACGGUGGCGCUGGCAGAGCACACCUGGAGCACACCGGUGCCAGGCGGCACAGGACACGAUGGAGGCAGGUCAGCUGUGCCAUAUCCCGUGUGGCAGCAGCCCCAACAGCCUGCCCUGCCCCACACAGGGGCCUCCCUAGUUUCUCGAGGGUUGUUUUUCUUCCUAUCCUCCCAGCAUGCCAGUAGCCACAAGGGCAGGACAUGCCGCCUAUCUGAUAGGAGCAGUCUCUCUUGGCACUGCGGCCGGCGGCAGAGGGGCUGUGGCAUUGUGGUUUCAGGCACAGGGAAGUGCUGGUGAUGGGGCAGGGGGAGCCCCCAGUCAGGCUUCCUGAGCUGCACAGCCACCACUUCCCAGAUAAAGGUAUUGCCUGGAGGAGCCGCAGCAGCUCCCAGGACACUGGGAAGGGCCGAGUGCAGCACGUGUGGCUCCGGCACACAGGUUGCAGGAUGGCAGCCUGCCUGUGCCAGGGCUGGCAGCUCUCUCUGCUCCCUGCCAUCCUGCUCAGCCUCCGCAGCCCACCGUCAGCCCCCGAGCCAGUGACGUCCCAAGAUGCUGCACUGCUAGCAGGCGUGACCGAGGACAUCCUCUGUUUCUCCCGCUCCUUCGAGGACCUCACCUGCUUCUGGGACGAGGAGGAGACAACAACUGGGACGUGCCACUUCUACUACUGGUACAGCAGGGAUGUGCCCAGAGUGUGCAUGGUCUCCACGUGGCACCAUGGGGCUGGCGGGAAGCGACAUGUCUGCGUCUUCCCCAGCCAGGAUGUGCGGCUCUUCACCCAGCUCCACCUCCGUGUCCUGGAUGCCACCACAAACCAGACAAAGUAUUGGAGGGAGCUCAGUGUGGAUGCAGUGGGUCUCAUUGCUCCCCCAGCGAACAUCACGGCCCGCUGGGCUGGGGCUGCUGGGCAGCUCUGCGUGUCGUGGCAGCCACCUCUCGCUGACUUCCUGAACUUCUUCCUCUACGAGGUGCAGUGCUGCCCUGCCAGCUCCCCAGGGAUGCCCUGCAGCACCACAUCGAAUCCUGGUGGGCAGCACCCUGGGGACCCCUCCAUCCAGUCAACUGUCAGCACCCACACACCCAGGGCCGGGACACCCUCCCCAGCCAUGGGGCAGAGGCUGGUCCAGGCCAACACCCGGGUGGUGCUCCGGGACCUGCAUCCAGGGGUGAGGUACCACAUCCAGGUGCGCAGCAAGCCCGACGGUACCUCCAUGGACGGCGUCUGGGGGCCCUGGUCACAGGCAGUGGCUGCAGAGACACCCCACUCCUCCGGAGACAUCGGGCUGUGCUGCAGUACCCCUGACCUGCGGCACGUGCGCUGCGAGUGGAGCUGGGACCCUGCAGAGCCCCACAGCUCCCACCAGCUCUUCUACCGGCCACCUCCGAGCGGGGCUGGCACAAGGGAAAAUGCAUGGCAACAGUGCGAGGAGGUGAGCAGGGGGCAACAGGGCACCCAUGCCUGCACCUUCCAGCCCCAGGCUGGCAGUGCCAUUUCUGUCCUGGUGAAUGUCACCCGCACCCACAAGCUGCCCACACUCAGCUACUUCAAGGAGCCCUUUUGGCUGCACCAGGCUGUGCUCACAGAUGCCCCACAGCUCGUGCAGGCGACAGUGUCACAGGGCCGGCUGAGCCUGCAGUGGCUGCCGCCCCUGGAGCUGCUGGCAGAGCAGCUGCACUACCAGGUCCGCUAUGCCAUGGAGAACAGCCAUGACUGGAAGGUCCUGCAGGUUCCACGAGCAGCUAGGAAAGAAGUCCUGGACCUGCGGCCAGGCACCCGCUACCACGCCCAGGUGCGGGCCCAGCCCAGCGGGCCGUGGUACCAGGGCAGCUGGAGCGCCUGGUCCAAACCUGCUGUGGUUGAUGCCGUGGCUGAUGUGGGUAAGGGACAGGGCAGGGCUGGAGGCUGCGGCCAGAGGAGCCACACGGCUGACCACAGGAGACGGAGAGUGCUGGAAAUGGGCUGGGAGCACCGGGCAGAGGGUGACAGAGGCGGUGGGUCUGGGAAGGGCUACAGUUCCAGCGUUCCUCCUCCGAUGCAGGCUGGCUCGUCCCCAGUGUUACUGUGGUGCCGCUGCUCCUCUCAGCAGUGCUCCUGGGGCUGCGGUGCACCUUCCCCUCCCUCUACAGGUAAAGGGCUGUGCCGGGGGCAGGCUGGGGGGUCCAGCACCGAGCCUGGCACCUUGCACGGGGCAUCACGGCACCCCAAGGCUGAGGGUACCUUCGAUGCCCCUUCCCCCGUACUCAGCAACGUGAAGCAGAAACUCUGGCCGCCUGUUCCUGACCUGCACCGUGCUCUGGGCAACUUCCUCCAGGAGAGCGGCAAGCACGGCCAGGCCAGCGCCUUCGACAAGCAGCCGCCGGAGGAGGCCGUCCUGCCCUGCCUGCUGGAGGUGCUGCCCGGCCCGCGGCGAGAGGCGGGCCCGCCGCCGGAGCGCGCUGCGGGCCGCCUGUCCAGCACCGACAUCGCCAACCAGUCCUACCUGCUCAUGAGCGGCUGGGAGCCGCGGGGAGCCGCGACCGCCCCCACCCCGCCAUAAACGCGCAUCCCCACUCAAGCACCCGCCUGGGCCCUCCUUCGCCGCCCGGCCCCGCCUCUGCUCGCCCCUCCCCGGAUCGCCC